CGAGACGAUUUUCCUUUUUUUUCUUCCUCCAUUGAUUUGAAAACAUGGCGUCGGAAGCAGAGGCGGGCAGUGCCGCUACGACGGAACCGGACGCCGCAGACGGGUACGCUGCAUUCAGGGAAGUACCCGCCAGCAUGGACACGGAGUCAUCCAACGGCAAAGAGGGGCUGGAAACGGCCGGCGAGGGCUCCGAGGCCGCGGACGCUCUGACCGGAUCCGGAGACGAGGAGAGCGGGAGGCAGCUGGGGGAGGUGGAGCUGCAGUGCGCCCUGUGCAUGAAGUGGUUCACCGCGGACACGUUCGCCAUCGACACCGCCACGUGCCUUCCUUUCAUGACCAACUACGUGUUUCACUGCAACGUCUGCCACCACAGCGGCAACACCUACUUCCUCCGGAAACAAGCCAACCUGAAGGAGAUGUGUCUCACAGCGCUGGCCAACCUGACGUGGAGGUCCAGGACCCAAGACGAGCACCCAAAGACCAUGUUCUCUAAAGACAAGGAUAUCAUCCCGUUCAUUGACAAGUACUGGGAGUGCAUGACGACCCGGCAGAGACCGGGGAAGCUCACGUGGCCCAACAACAUCGUGAAGACGAUGAGCAAAGAGCGAGACGUGUUCCUGGUGAAGGAGCACCCGGACCCCGGCAGCAAAGACCCGGAGGAGGAGUACCCCAAGUUUGGCCUGUUGGACCAGGACUUGGGGAACAUCGGCCCCUCGUACGACUCCCAGAAACAGACCUCGGCCGCUCCCGCCGCCGGCGGCCUGAACGGUGGAUCGUCCUUCUCAGGUGCUUUGGCCCCAGGACCCGGAAAAGGACGAGGGGCCAAACGUAAACAACAACAACAACAAGAAGCUGCAUCGGGAGCCUCGAAGAGAACCCGAAGCGACCCCCUGUUCUCGGCCCAGCGGCUGCCCCCCCACGGCUACCCGCUGGAGCACCCCUUCAACAAAGACGGGUACCGCUACAUCCUGGCGGAGCCGGACCCUCACGCCCCGGACCCGGAUAAGCUGGAGCUGGACUGCUGGGCCGGCAAACCCAUCCCCGGAGACCUGUACAGGGCCUGCCUGUACGAGAGGGUUCUGCUGGCCCUACACGACCGAGCGCCUCAGCUGAAGAUCUCCGACGACCGCCUGACGGUGACCGGCGAGAAGGGCUACUCCAUGGUGAGAGCCUCCCACGGCAUCCGGAAGGGCUCCUGGUUCUUUGAGGUGACUGUGGAAGAAAUGCCUCCGGACACGGCAGCCAGGCUCGGCUGGUCUCAGCCACUCGGUAACCUUCAGGCUCCUCUGGGUUACGACAAGUUCAGCUACUCCUGGCGCAGCAAGAAGGGAACCCGGUUCCACCAGUCGAUAGGGAAGCAUUACUCCUCCGGCUACGGGCCGGGAGACACGCUGGGCUUCUUCAUCGAGCUGCCGGACGGCACGGAGACGGCCAAAGCUCUGCCGGACACGUACAAGGACAAGGCGCUCAUUAAGUUCAAGAGCUACCUGUACUUUGAGGAGAAGGACUACGUCGACAAAGCGGAGAAGAGCCUGAAGUCCAUGAGCUCCAGCCGGAUGAUAUUUUUUAAAAACGGCGUGAGCCAAGGUGUGGCCUACGAAAACCUGUUUGAGGGCAUGUACUUUCCCGCUAUCUCCCUCUACAAGAGCUGCACGGUUUCAGUCAACUUUGGGCCACAAUUCAGACACCCUCCAAAAGACCUCAAGUACCAGCCGAUGAGUGAGAUGGGCUCGGGGGCUGUGAUCGAACACACGCUGGCGGACAUGCUGUUCCACGUGGAGACGGAUGUGGACGGACGCCAUAGCCCCCCGUGGGAAGGAUGAACAAGCCCCGCCCCCCUAGCCCCCCCUUCCCUCAAAGCCCAAACAUUGUCCCGCCUCCAGCCGGUGAAAUAAACAAAGCGCCUCUCGCUGCAGUCAAACCGGCAGUUCUUCUAGUUUUGCGAGACAUAAACAUGGCGGCCGCUCAGUUCAUGUGUUCACGCCCCCUCCGGUGGUUGUCACGGUAACGUCCCGCUGAGGAGGAGCGGUCACCACGGAGCUCUGGUGUUUAGUGCGUUCAUCUUUUGAUGAUUUGUUUUGUUUUAUAACGUUUGUCAGUUAUUUCCUGUUUUAUACUCUGAGUUAAAUACAAAUAAAU